UAACCCAUUUGAAAGUUAAUGAUUUUACUUCAUGUGUCAAUGCAAAGCUUCUUAGAGAGAUCAGACUGUAGCCAACGUAGAAUUUUACAAAGAGAGACGAUUUUUUUACACUGAUCACCCACCUAAUAUACAGACGUUUUCGAACACAAUGUUUCGCUAAGGAAUUUUAUGUAGCUUUCUGUGUGUAUAAACCUGAUAUCAUCACUUGGGUUUGGUCAGUUAAUUAUAUGGGAAAUUGCCGGCCCUUUGUCUGCUAUAUAAUCAUCUUAGACCCUGAAAGGUUGAGGACUCCGUAAACAUAGAAAAACCAACUUUCUGAGAGAUGGCUAAGUGUUUCAGGCUCAAAUUUUCAUGUGUUAUACCAUCUUUCCAAUUAUGUCGAUCAAAGAAACCUUCCAAGUCGCCGGAGACUCCAGUCCCGGUAACUCACAGACUUUCUCCGGUGAAUCCUAAAGCAUUGGACAUCAGCUAUCCACACCUGAACUUCCCUGUCCCGCCUCCUUCGUCACCAGACUACUCUUUUAUCAAACGCCAUUCGUCACCAAAGAUAGGAUCACUUGGCUGUGGCUGCCGAGGAAGAUCAAACAGUACUGAUCAAUACUUGUCCCCAGACGUCAGCUUUGAGUCAGCUGACUACUCCUGGAAGAAAGAAGCAACUCGGUUGCAUAUAGUGGCAAAAGUUCACAAGUCCAAGCUUCAAAGGAAAACCCAUGAAGCAUCCUUUUCUGAUGAGAGUAAUGGAGAUAUAGCAUCGAUUUUAGCAAGCAAACACAAGGUCAAUGGGAAGGAAAAGAAGAUGGAAAAAGUGAAGGCAAUGGCAACUGUUUCAUCACGUGACAGUGGAUGUUUCAGUAGCGAAUUAGGAGACGAAAAUGAAGAGACUGAAACCCUAAUCUCUACUUCAAGAAGCUUCUCGGACGAUUCAUCAUUUGAGUUGAAUCAAUCACUGGCUGAGGACUCCCACAUGGAAACCAAAAGGAACAAGAAAAAUGUAAACAGCACGAAGAAGAUGAAGAAGAUGAAGAUGCUGAGAAGCUUUGGUUCAAAGAAAUACAGAGGAUUGUCAAAAUCAAAAGUUUCAAAGACAACGACAGAAACUCUGACGUCAACAGAGAAUGAAACUCCAGGGAGUGGUUCAGUGUUGAAACGGACGAUGAUACCGCCGCCCAGGUCGGAAGGGAAGGUGAGGGAGAGCGUUGCGGUGAUGAAGAAAUCGGAGGAUCCAUAUGAGGACUUCAAGAGGUCAAUGUUGGAAAUGAUAAUGGAGAAACAGAUGUUUGAGGCCAAGGAUUUGGAGCAGCUGUUGCAGUGUUUUCUUUCUUUGAAUUCAAGGCAAUAUCACGGCAUUAUUGUGGAGGCCUUUACCGAGAUUUGGGAGGCCUUGUUCUGUGAUCACCCCAUGAAUGUCCACUGAGUAAUUAGCCAGGAAUUCCCUUCAACCCUAGUAUUAAUUUGAAGAUGGUGAGGACUUAAUUUCUUAUUUGUGCAAUAAUGAGUCAUUACCAAAUUUGCCAUUUUCGUUCUGAACAUAACACAACAUUCAGGGAAUAUUAUAUAAAUUUAUGUGUUAAACGA